AUAAAAUUAAAUAAAAAUAUAAAUCAAAAGUAAAACACUCUCGAUCGAAUUCCAAUUCUCAGAGGACAAAGGAUAGGAGCAGAGCGUUUGGGCAGCCACACAUCAAUAUCCCAAUGGCAGCGACGGUGUCCUCCUCAUCCAUGGCAGCUACCACCGCCUUCCUUCGGCCCGCCAGCGGAACGACACGCCGUUCUGCGUUGCCUUAUCUCCCGCCUCGCUCAUCAUACCAAUCCUUCCGCCCUUCCAUAAAACAUGUGGCAGAGGCCCGCAGGUUCCCUCUCCUUCAGAUUAAAGCUUCUUCAUCAGAAGAAUCCAGUACUGUUGAUGCGGGUGAGCUUUUCACAGACUUGAAAGCUAAGUGGGAUGCACUUGAAAACAAGUCGACAGUGGUUCUCUAUGGAGGUGGGGCCAUAGUUGCUGUUUGGCUAUCAUCAAUCGUUGUGGGAGCCAUCAACUCAGUACCUGUGCUGCCCAAGCUCAUGGAGUUGGUAGGCCUUGGAUAUACUGGAUGGUUUGUUUACAGAUACCUUCUCUUCAAGUCAAGCAGAAAAGAACUAGCAACAGAUAUUGAAGCACUGAAGAAGAAGAUUGCAGGGACUGAAUAAACUCCACAUGAUUGAGCUGCAAAACUUUUCUUCUAGUCGGGAGCAUUCAUCAAGCAAUCUGCAUCCUCGCCCUAAGAUAUAUUGUAUCUUGUAAUGUAAGAUUAGAAACAUAUAUGAAUCGUGCUCUUAUAUUUCUCCGCUUCAUCAUUGUAGUACGGUCGGUAAUAUCUAUGCAGUUUAUGCAGCAAUUACAAUCUUUGCA